AUGCGUGUUCUCGUGGCCACUGCUAAUAAAAUCGCGGAAUCCAAGCCCGGCCAGAGGAAACUCGAUGAGCUAAUUGAGAACGAAAAGGCCGAGGCCAAGGAUAAAGAAGACCAGCGCGAAUUUACCAUGAAUCUACUCGUGGGCGAACCGAUGAGGCAGGGCGUGAAUGCUGCGGUUCAUGAGGCUAAGCUGCAGUCUGCUCAUGGCCGGAGAUUCAAGUUUGAAGAUGUCGGCUAUAACCAGGUCUGGAUAUGGCACGGGGCCAAUGAUACAAAUGCUCCUAUUGUCAUGAUCGAAUACUUGGCCAAGAGGCUGCCCCAUUGCACACUUCGAGCAUUUCCCGAUGAUACCCAUUUCACCAUGUUCAAACAUCUUGGGGUCGUUUUGGACGACUUGUUUCCCAACGAAAGCCGAAAAUCAUAA